AGUGAAAGUGGCAAGAGUUGAGAGUUUUAUAUCGCGCGCGUUUUCGGAAUGACUUCUAAUGGAGAACUUCGCUGUUGUGGGUGAAGAUGGCCGGUGUGAGGGCAGAGAUUGUAGCAGCGAGUAAGUGCAGCCCUGGUCACAAGUGGAGAACUGAUCAACCGUCGAGGUCCUAUUCCUUCCAUGCCGAGCGUUGCGGAAUGACGGUUGACGGAUUUGGUCGAGCCUUCGUUCAGGAAAGGUUCGACGGGAAUCUCAGCGGGAAACCAAGCCGGAAAGUCACGGAACUUGCCCAUCAACUCUCGGACUCGCGGCGGAAAUCCGAUCCCGGCCGCGACCCAGACCGAAAAAUGGCCGAUCAGUGCCUUCCGAACGUACCAGCGAAACCCGUUGUUCAAACAACGGCAGGAUCGCCGACGCGUUCCAUAUCUGCGCGACCGCGAACGUCAUUUAGCAAAUUGAAUGAUGUUGCACCUUCGCCAGUUCCGUCACCCGCUCCAAGAAGCCUUCCCACAAAACCGGAAGUGCCGGCGAAGAAACCCGAAAUCCUGAAGAAGCCUGAAGUGGUUUCAAAUGCGCCGAGAAUCAACAGCAAAGAGGUGAUCGAAAAGCACAAAAACUGGAGUUGUCACUUCUCUACGCAACGGAAAGCUGUGUCGCCGGAGAAGAAGCCUGCUGCUGUUGUUGCCACGGCUCCUGUAGCGUUGGAAAGACGUGUUGUAUCCACUUUACAUUUUCCAGUGCCUUCAUUUGCGGAGAGAACCGUCGCUAAGCAGGACGCUACAGAACCCGAAGCUGUUAGGAAAGAAUGGGAUUUAUCAAAGUCAAACUCUGUAGGUAUGCUGAUUUGCCAAACAAACGGAGAACGAACCUAUUCCGAAUCGAGUGAGGAACUCGGAGAUUCAAGAAUUGAAAAAUGUAGCUCUGAUCCUCAGCUCCUGGAAGCUGUGAACACUGUUGCUUUGGAGCGAUUUCAGAUGGUAUCCAGAUCGUCGCCGGGAUCAUCAGAAAAGCUUCGGGAAGAUUUCAAUAGAUCAUUGCCUUUUAAAAAUUCAACCGACGAGCUUCCUGUGCAAAUACCUCGGUCAUCGUCGUCGCCGCGUGAGCCAAGUCCGGAACAUACAACUAAUCUGCAGGGAAUUUGUUUGCCGCGGGAAAACUCCGACGAUGGAACUUCGGCCACGAAUUUUUUUGAUGAUUCUCUGGUGCAGAGCAUGCAGUCGUGUUCAUCAUCGUUGUCUGCAUCGUCAUCAACUGCUUCAAUCAUGUAUAAAGCCACAACAGAAAAUGUAACAAAAGAUCGAGGGGAUUUACCUUCGCGAAGCUCUCCUGAAGCGCCAUCGAUAUGCAAACCCCGUGCUGAAGUCUCUCCACACAAGAAAGUCGAAUCCGAUGCUGUUUUCCGAGAAGAUUCUUUCAAUAAAAUUGCUGAUCAUUCAUCCACGCCAAAGAACAGAGAGAGCCCUAUUCAGAAAUUGUUGGAAUCAUCCCCUGAGCCAACCAGGUCCGUGGAAGGGUCUCCUGAUAUGAGAUUUUUGGAAGCGGUUACCCCACCCCGAUCGCGGACCAUCUCUCCGACAUCUAGGAUAAGGGAAAAUUCUCCUUCGCCGGUCGUUGAUUCCCUGUCCAAAACGGAAAAGCUGACCACGGAUCCGGAGCAUUUAAAAAUUGAACGUGCGAAACAAGAAGAUGUAGAUGGAGGGUCAUUGCUUCGUUCCACACCAGUGACACCUCGCGUGUCGCCCGUGAUCGAAGAUUACGACGUGACCGUUAAAAGUGCCAUGGAGUUAUGUAACGAGCCGACGGUUAUCGAGCUUUCGAGUUUAGAACCUGAAAGAGGAGAAACGAAACCGUCAGAUAGCGAAGAUUUCUCGGGGAUCGACGUCAGUCCCGGAGAAAUUAUCGAAUCCGUUUUUGACGACAGUCCGGUUCAAAAUCAUACCAAUAAGGACAGUAUACGGUUACCAAAAGCUCCGAUUGCUCCCGCUGAAGAAGACUUCGGGGAUUUUGAUGAUGAAAUUCCCGAGCCAUUGUUGAAGGAACUACCACCGAUUCCUCAGGACGAAAUUGGGGUCGACCCGAUGACCGACGACGAACAACAUCAGUUUCUUAGUCAACAGUUCGAUUCUUUCAAUUCCGAUUCAAAUGACGAGAGCUGGCCGCCGGAGGAAGCGGAGAUCCACUGGUGUGAUAAUGGCGGAUUUUUUGUGGAAGUGGAAGGUCUGAUUUCAACUGAAGAAGCCACAGCGGAAGAAGAUGAAGCCAUUCCAGUGAAAAGCCCCAUUAAAUUAAGGUUUUCCACUGGUCCCAUUCGAGUUUAUGCUGCGUUUUCGGUUUCUGAAUACGAUCGGAAAAAUGAUACGUUGGAUCCGCUUGGAGCGCAGGCGGAGUACGAGUUGGAAAAGAGGAUUGAAAAGAUGGACGUGUUCCCUGUGGAGUUCUUCAAAGGUGCAGAAGGUCUGGGAAUCAGUAUUAUAGGAAUGGGAGUCGGAGCGGAUGGUGGUGUGGAGAAACUAGGAAUUUUCGUGAAAAGUAUCACGAAAGGUGGUGCAGCGGACAAGGAUGGAAAAAUCCAGGUCAACGACCAAAUCAUUGAAGUCGAUGGUAGAAGUUUAGUCGGUGUGACUCAAGCAUAUGCUGCCUCAGUUCUUCGGAACACCAAAGGUCUGGUGAAAUUCAUGAUCGCGAGGGAUAAGGAAGGUGAAAAUGGAGAGGUUGCGACGUUAAUUCGACAAUCAGUAGAGGCGGAUAGAUUGGCCCGAGAACGGGAGAUGGCAGAAACCAAGGAUGAUUUUAGUUUCCAAGAACGCCGACUUGCAGCGGAGGGCGCCUCUGCUGAACCACACGUUGAUACCAAUCUCGACAAUGGAGAUGUCGUAUCUGCAUCUCCAAGCCCUCUUGCUGAAGAUGACAAUGCUUUGAAGACUCCUGUCGUGCAUCUUGACGACAAAGAUCCCGAAGAGAAAUUGAAACAACUGCAAAAGAAGUAUUGGCGAGCGAAACGAGUCCUGAAGGAACGGGAGCGGGAGUGGACGAAAGUGGUCAAGCAACAGCAUGAUGAUUACUGGCACAUGAUCAACUAUUUGUCGGAACAGAUGACGAAGUUGACUUCUGCUUUGGGGGAUGUGGAGAAGACGACGGGUUUGCAGUUGCGACUUCCGUCUCCGUCGGAUAUUUCACCUAUCAUCGAGGAAACCAGAGCAAAGAGCGAGCAAGACCCGAUGCUGGCCCCUUUGGACGAACUGGAUCUGUCCGAUUUAGAGACACUUCCGUCCGACGUAGACGACGAAGAGGCGAUCGAGAAAGCUAAAAAGGAGCUGGAUGAAGCCGUGCCGAAAACUACUCUGCUGGACGUCAGUGCAGCGAGGCAAAAGGCAGAUCUGGCCGCGAGGGCUCUCGUGAGCCGCGUUCUUCCGUCAUUGCAGGCCUUGAAAAUGAACCUGGAGUCCCAAUACGGCGGCUUUGAUGGUGGCAGAAUGUGGCCGCACAAUCAAGUGGAUCCGCGAUACCAUCAGCAUCCCGUGCCAGAUAAAGCACGCAAUCCGCAGUACUGGAACGUUCCUGCCGCCAGCCGUUCAAUUCACGGUCGCGCACCCGCCAGCCGUCAAACGCUGGUCCCUCCAAUUGCCAGCCAGGGCAGUGCUUGGUCUCCAAUCCCCAGCCCACCAAACUGCGGUCCGGUCUGCCCUGGCUGGCAAUUGGAGGGACCAGCGUUUGACGGCUGGCGGGUGCGCGACCGGCCUCAUCAACAAGCUUCCAAACUUCGUCGAGAUCAUAUAAGAUCCUCCGGUGAACAAGUCCCCGUGGAAUUCCGGCAAUUGCCUCGUGUAGUCGCUCCCCAGCAUCACGCGCCUCGUCCAACGUACCCGCCACCAAAUCAGUCGAGUUUCCGUGGAGUUCCUGCUGGUCGGGCGGAUCACAAUUACGAUGAAACUCUUUCUUCUGUUUCAGCAGAGAUGGAGAGCGGAAAAGAGCAGCUUGCUCAUGUCCCUCAGCAGAUGUACGCUGGUGAUCAAACUGCGAUACAACCAAAUCCAUUGGCACCGUUGAGGGACACUCGAUCGGGUUUGCUGCCAUCGGGCACGUUUGAAGGUCCGCCAAGUCGCACGGGUUCUCUGCAGCGCUACCAGAAGGCGCCGGAGCAAAGCUACGGCGUCCAAACGUUGCCACAUUCGGGCCAUCAGCAGCGUUUCACGCAGCAGUUUGUUGGCGCUGCGCCGGUUCACGUUUCUGCGGACAAUGUAGCGAAUUACCAGUGGCCGCGGCAUCCGCAUAUUCCCAAUGUUACCAGUGCAACUCACGUUCCGUUGAUGCCCCACUCCAACCUCGAAGCUGAACUGCUUCGUCGUACCGAUGAAUUCCGCGCGAGUGCCAAUCGGGGACCUAUGCAACAGUUACGCAUGGAGCCGUCUUAUGAAUCAAGAUCAGCCACUCAUUCUCCAACUGCAGCUGAGUCGCCUGAAAACGAAAGCUCGCAAUCGCAUUCUGGGCCACCCUCGCAGACCCAGCAACGGUAUCCGACUGUAUGGCAACCCGGAUUCGUCAUGGAAUGGUCCAAAGAACAAGUUUCCCAGUGGCUACUUGCAAUCGGUCUGGACAAUCUCAAGUCGCUCUUCCUCGAAAACGGCAUCAACGGGAACGUCCUUUUCGCGAUGAACUCAGAUUACAUGCGAUCAAUUGGUAUCAGUAGUGAAGAUCGUGCGCGCCUCAAAAAGCGAGUCAAGGAACUGAAAGUGAGGGAGGAAAAGCAGCGGAAGAUACUCGAGAAGGAAUUUCGUAACCGGGAUAAAGUCUUGAAGAAGGCAGAAAAAGACCGAACAGAGAAGGUGUCCAGGCGCCCGAAAUUCCAAUGAGUGCCAAGAAGGGUGUUAGAAGUGUGUCGUGCGACGGAAUCGAAUUUUGGUGCUAGUGUUUUUUUAAGCGGUGGUUUUUCCGUAGCCUUGAACUGAGCAAAAAUCGAGUUUUAGCGAUCGUGACGGCCGAUGGUUUAUGAAAACGUGAAAUUGUGUCUCGCUCAGCAGAAAUAUUUGUUCUGAGAGUCUCAAAAGUGAAGUGCGAUUCACGCUUAGGGACGAUCCAUGAUCGUCAUAAUCCAUACGUUUGCUCUUCAUUGAACAAUCUUCAAGGUUUAAACGUGUAAAGGGAAUAAUUUCCGAAUCUCUUGAUCAUCGAGGUUGUUUCUAAUGGGGAGAAUCGUUUUACUGAAAGAGCUUUCAGAAUUCUAAAUUUUUUGAAUUUUGCGAGCCUUCCAGCGUAACGCAAUCUUAUUCCCAAACGUGAGAAAGUAGCAGAGAUGAAUUGCCUCGUUGUCUGGGAAUGCGCUCUCGUCCAAAUCGCAAGAAAGCUUUCGAGUGAUAUUUUAUAGUUCAUAUCCGAGGUUGUUGCAGUUGUUCGGAGCGCAAAUUUCCAGCUACAUGUAGGCUUCUUUAAGUGUUCUUCCUCAACAUUUGUCUGAUACUGGCUGUUCGACGUUGAAAAAUGUAAAUUCAUUCCAUUUUCAGGUAGUGGCGAAUGUUGGGAAUUUGAUAUUAAUUUCUUUGAUGCGAAAAAGUUUGAGGAUUUUGUUUAAUCGAGCUGGAUGGUCCCAUACGUUUUUGAAAUCUAAAGGAUCAGGUUUUAACUCUCACGAUGUUCUCCGCGUGGAUGGCGCUGUAGCUCAAACUAGUUGAGUUCGUUGUUAAUUUGGAAGAAUAUGUGGCCAAAGCUGGAAUUAUGUGGACCAGGCUGAAGGGAAAAGCAUCAGGUUAGCUGUUGCCAGCUUCCGUUUCAAGCCUUCGGUGUUGGCUUUAGGGAAAUCUAGUCAUAGCAGGAAAGUUGAAAUUGAUCCGAACCGUAUUUAUUCUGGCCUCUUCGAAGGCAUGUUACCGGCAGCUUUUUUUUUUUUUUUUUAAACCCCCAUUCCCUCGUUUUUUUCUCUUUUUGAAGCCUUUCGAGUUGAUAAUAUUUGCUGCAAACUUCUCUUUCAUUCAGAUCUGUAUUGAUGAGAGGGAAUUGCCUGCUAACCUGGCGAAGUGAAUUUUGGGAGUAGCGAGUAGCGACCUCCAGGCAUGCAAGUUUUUGUGACUUUCAUUCUAAUUUUCAAGAAGCAACGUCCUUUUUCAAGGUGUGAAAAUCUUCGCUUUUCUGGCAUAAUAAUUGGAUACUUGUUAUUUCCCGAUGUGGUUAAAGCCGGAAGUUCUUUUUUUUUAACUUCAGGUGCGUGAAUUCAUGUUAGAUUCAUGAUUAUUUGAAGAAUUGAUCAAAUGGAAUGCGUUCACCGUUAAAAACAUAUAAUCAACGUGAAACCCAUUUUCGCUCACGACAAGCGUUGAAUAAUAUUCGGUCUGAAAGAUGGACAUUUUAGUCAGCGAAUGUGCAAGAUUUUCAUGCCGCUUUCCAAAAUUCAUGAUGUGGAAUAAUGAAGUUCAAUGAAAAUUCCAGAACCCAUAAUACUUCGCUCUGCUUGAUUGAAUCUCAUAUAUUUUUUCUGGUUUUUGGUAAGGUCACUUUUAGAUCUUCUUCACUUCUGGCGAAACUCACUGGCUGUAGAAGCCGAAUUCCUGUGUAUCUGAUCAGGUGCACUUCCAUGCUGUAGAUGAAAGUAGACCGAUUCAUUGUCAACACGAAGGGCUUCUAAUUUUAAAGUCGACACGUAAAUCUUCUGUGCAUAUUUCGGGAACUCAGAUCAAGGAGGAGCUGUGAUGGGAGGGGUGAUCUCAAUAAUAAGCAAAGGUAGCUCAAUGAUGAACACUCGCAGCGAUGAUUUUUGUUUUCAACAUGCCGUGCAGCAAUGAGGUGCAUCUCCGAUUUUCAUUUAUUUAUUUAUUUUAUGUUUUUGCUGUAAGGCGAAAGACAACUCUAUUCAUAAAAAGUUCCAAAGCAUACUCAGCGGUUUCGUCGAUCUGUUUUUGCACGUUUUCUGAUGUUUUUUUCGGAUGUCGGUUGUUGUGAUUUUCGUUUUAGUUGAAAAGUUGAAAGAUAUUCGUGGUUGCUGGAGGUCCAUGAGCUCAUUUUGGUGAAUCAAAGUAUUUAUUUUUAGUUUCCUCGAAGAUCUUUCCGAAGUUCGCAUUUUCUGUUUCUGGAGAAUUCCCCAGACAUUUUCCUUGAGUUCACGAUUUUUUUUAUGAUACGAAUUUUUUCCUGCGUGUCGAUGCAGCUUUACGCCACCAGAAGAAUAUUCUUACAAGGCCAGGUGUGUUUUAAUACGAGAUCCGGAGUUUUAAGUGCCAUCUCGCCGUAAACGACCGGUAGAAAAGGCAGUAUUGUCCAAUUGCGUUUGCUAUCCGUUGUUUUCACCGUUGUGGAUUGCAAGAUUUUUGUUGAUUUUAUUUUAAUUGACUUAUCAACUAACAAAAGUUCCUUUUCAUGCGCAUAAGCUGAUUGAAUCGAAACUUGUUCUACUUUUUUUUGGGUGCGAGAUGACUAAAGAAAUACGUAAUAGCAUAUUCGAUAACGGCUUCAACCGCGCGAAAGCUUCGAUUAUACGUUUGUUGAAGGAUUGAGUGCGUAGGCAAAACCCGAGUUGCGUUCCCUUCAAUUUCUCAUCUCCUUCCCAUUUAAGUCAAAGUUUUUGAUUUUUUUUAAGGAAUGGAACUGUGCAAUUUCUGCCCAUGUAUGAGAGACAAAUUUUUUUUUCCGCGUGUGUUGAACCAUCGCCCGAAUUUGUAGUCAAAGCUUUUUAUUUGAACAAACGAGCGUUUCUUGCAUUGAUCGUGUGGGAAUCUGGUUUAAAUGUUUGGACCGAAAUUUUCCUGUCCUGUGCGAGCACGUGGAGCUAUUUAUUGAAGAGUUAACGCCCUUGCGGACCUCAAA